AUGGAAGAUAUUACGUUUGGAUCAAAGGACUUAGAAGGCGUGUCAUAUCCUCAUGACGAUGCAUUGGUCAUAACAGCUAACGUGGCCAACUUUGAAGUAAAGAAGUUGUCAACCCUUGAGCUCGAGCUCGAGCACCAUAUGAGACUUGCCCCAGUGGAGGAGUUAGUAGAGGUCGAGCUCGAGCCAGGGAAAAGGGUGAUAGUUGGUCAAGAUCUUGAAGCUUCACUCAGAGGCGAGCUCAUUGGUUGUCUUUCACGCUACGAUGAUGCCUUCACGUGGAAUGUGGAAGACAUGCCUCUGAUUGAUCCUAAGAUUGUAAUUCACAAGCUCAAUGUUAAUUUCGAAGCUAGACAAGUUUAA